CAACAAUGUAAACAAACUCUUGAGUCGCGCUUAGGUUGUUGCUUGCCCUCCUCGGACAAAUUUAUCGUAUGAAUACAGAUUACAUGGUGUAUGAUUACCACACCUCUGGAGGUAGAGAGCCACACUUUUAGCGGAAGAGCUUCGAAAAAUAUCGAUGGCUGCCGCGGCAAACGUUUGUAAUGUCAGCGUGCAAGAAACCAUUCAUGGUGAGUUGUUCAUGUACAAGCUAUAUACAAACCUUUGCCAUUUUGAUUUUCGUUACAUCCAUUUGGGACUAAAGAACCACUUCGCACAUGGAGUUAUACGUUGAAAAUAAGACCAAGGGAACCCGAAAAAUCGAAUAGAAUUUUAUUCGCGAAAUUACGUAGACGGCGAAACCGCCUUUGCCAUGUACAGUCAACCCUGUCUUAACGGACAUCUCCCUGCUCUGAAUGAACGUUUGAUUACACAAUAAGAAAAUGAUUCCACUUUUUUGACAAUGUUCCAGUUUUAGCUGUUUUGCGUAAGUGAACCAGACGUGUAUUCAUUACGAAUAAGUUCAGCUACGUUUUUUUUACUGGUGUCACGUUACCUCGACACUCUGUAAAAGAUAAUCAAUAAUAUAACUGAUCUAAACACAUGUACACACACACGUGAAAGCAAUCUUCGUGUUAAGUAUAAGUAGAAAAGGCAACUAAGUCAAUCUAGUAAUUAUUUAGUAUUGUGAUAAAUCAUGACUGAAGAUCAAACGUUGAUUUUUCGAGUGAGAAGCUCAUGGCUAAAUUCGAUUUGGUUAGCCAAAUUCAAAUUAAUAUCUGUGCUGAAAUUGCGCCGUUUCUCGUUUUUCCUCGAUUUUGAAAUACGUCCUAUGGUAAAAACAAGAAGGCCUAAGCGAAAAAUAAAUUAAUAUACCGAGACGGAAUCGUUGUUUUAUUGAUCUUCUUUCAUGUAGUACACAAGGCAUUUUUCUGAAAGUAUUUAUUUUUAAAACAUCUGCAAUGCAAGUAGUUCAAGACAUUUCGGGGAUUCCCCCAAUGGUGACAUAAAUUUAGUUUCCAGUCUCCUGUGGGGUUGUUCCCGGUCGUCUUUAAUCUAAAAAUAAAUAAUCUUAAUUAAAUUUGAUGGUAUAUUUUUAAUUUUACAUAUGCGUCGCCUCGUUCACAUUUUUACGCACUCCUUGCUCGGGUUGUAAAAGUUUAUUACGGAGCUUUAUCCAACCAUGACGCAAAUAACAGUGGAAGCGCAACAACACCUUUUACGGAGAACGCAAACAAACGAUGAAAAAUUUAUCUUUCUCAUUCUACUGCUGAACUUGGAUGCAGUGCCAAAGAUGACGUUUUGGUUGCCGUGGCUAUCGUGGUAAACUGAUCCACCGUUUGAUUUUUGUUUUCUUUCUUUUUAUUUUUUCUCUUACUCGUCCUGCCGUAAGGAUCAGUUUACUGUUUUUUUUUUAAUUUGAUAUUGGAGAUUUUUCUGAUCCAGGUCUACCCAAGAUCCGCUGACCUCACUGUUUUGUUGCUGUGGUUUUACCUAUAUUUAAUAUUUUUUUUACUUACAAUCCCUAUUGUACAUUUACUGCAUGCGACGAUAAUUGCAAAGGUUGGGGCGAGCAACAUUGUUAAAUUUAGCAUCUUCUGUCUAUUUUAUUUUCAAAAGCCCCUCAUCCAACAACAAGUACACUCAGGGCAAGAAGAGCCCGCAUCGAGAUACUGCACCAAUGCAGACAGCUGUCAGACGACAUUCGUUUUAGCCAAUCAAAUGGAUAUCCUGUAAAUCCGUGCGUGACACAGACUUCCUACCCCUUCCUGGUGGUGCAGUUUGUUGUCGCGGUCAAGGAUGAAGAAACGAACGAAAUCUGGGAAUGUAACGCGACUCCAGACUUCCAUCAAAUUCUUAUCACGGUAGGAAGCGAGUAAACAGAUAGAGUUAACCCAAACAAUUGUUCGAGUAACCGUUUAUCGUUUAUCAACCGUUUAUCUACUGUCUGGUUGUACUGUCCUCAUUUACCAGAUAUGUUAAUUGCUCAAUACUGAGCAUUUGGAGCUGUUUCAAAGUGUAGCGACGAAGUCUUCAAAGUAUCUUUAAUAUGUUUGGCGUAUCCUUGUCGACCAUGAUAAUUUGAGCGAUUUUGUGUCCGCCUAUUGCAAAAUAUUUGAAUCACUCAAACUUUCAUUUUGGAGCCAAAAGAACGGAAAUCCAGAACGUUAAGAUACUUCCACGUUUCUUUAGUAUUCAUACAAAUUUUACGCUAUUGUUUAUGGGUAUACAGAAAGUGAAGCUCGCACUGAUAUAGAAGCGACCAUGACAUGAACUGUUAAAAACAAGCAUGGUCUUUUCGGAUGCGUCACUACUUUGGACCUUCCAAUUAAUCCUCCCCUCCCCUGCCCUCCCUGUCGCCGUCUCACUUCCUGUACGAUCCCUCGUGUAAGUUGUUUGCAAACGCCAAGAUUUACUAUGCUUUGUAGGUAGCGCGCUGAGCCAGAAGUCUUAAUUUCUAUUUUAUUUUGAAAGUGUUCGCCGCACUCAAAACCGACAGCUGACCUGUCACCUCUCGCUUGCUCAAAGGUGACCCUUGAUACAUUUUAUUGCUUCUUAUAUAGUCACACUAACCUCCCAAAGAAAGUAGCCAAUUAUAAAUUUUUCAAGUCUCCAUUGUCUCGCAAUUCCCAGAAGAGACCAGAUAUGUGGGUCUUCACGCUCGUUCGUAACAACAAAAAGUCAAAAGGGAAGUGUAUUUGACAACUAGUAGAUAUGAAUUUCCUUUUUUAAAAAUUUGAAUUCUUUCUUUCUUCUGUUUUACAGAGGGAUAGAAUGUUCAGGAUUGCACCGGAAGUAAGUGAACCUUGCUGCUUUGUGUUGUCUCAAAGCGUUGACUGCAGAAAAAAGCCUCUUCCGCCAUAUGCUGGAAAUCUAGUAUUUAUGUUGCCAGUGAGGCAUGAGAUGCCUUCUCACUACGCUGUUAGAAUCAAGCUGUGCAAAGGAGUAGACCCUCGUGAUUGCCAAGGUACCUUUACGCAACCAGAUAGUUACUUUAUAUUAAUCAGCGGUCAAGAACCCAAGGAGUACUAACUAAAAUCUUGUAAACCAUUUCAACAAGCCAGCUUUCCUUUUAGAAUAACACAGUGCGCUAACAGCACUAGCCGAACUUUACCAGAGGAGGAGCUUAGAGCCAACUAAGAAUAAGGGAGUUCCUGAAAACCACUAGGAGCGUAAUUUCUCCUGUGUUCAGACCUCAGGCGCACUACCAGAUUGUUGGGCUGUUUGACAUGUGUGCUCAAUACACCAGCCCACGAAAUUUGGAUGGUUUUAAAGUAAAUCCUACCAGUGAAAAGGGCUACAAGUUUAAGAUACGUAAGUUUCAAAGGCUGCUUACUGUAUCAUAUGUACCAGCUGCAAUAACAUUUUUUUGUUCUUUCUCUAGUUUUGGAUGAGCUUCAGUUCCUCAUUGAAUCACACAAAAGAGGCUCCAAACUGUACGACUUUCAGAGCGGAAGAACAAUCACAGAAGUGGAAAAGCCAGUGCCCAAAAUUCAGAUGCAAGGUAUACGGCAGUCCCCUUUGUUGGCUUUUGUUACCCCCGACUUUACCGGAAGGCACAAGAUCGCAUCGACUGAAACCAGGGGUUUGGUUGUAGGGUUUGGUGUAGUCUUUCUUCUCGGAAACCUCGUUACUAAAACAACCAUGUAUCACUACUAUUCAAAUUUUGGAACAUGUACUGUAGUCUUGAACACAGAGUAGCUUGAGGAGCGCAGAACAUUAAGGGAAGGAAAGUUUCCAGCGUGACCCUCGUAUCCAACCCUUUCUCGAUCCGAAGAUGUGUGAAUUACCCCACACCUACCCCACCCCCCUCCCUCACUUCCCCGUAAAAAAUGAUAUAAUACAGUACUUCAACAAAAAUAUUGUUCGAAUUAGGUGUUCUCGCUGGCGAAAUGGGCAAAGCCAUCAGGAUGCACUUUCAAAACCUCGGCGAUAACGGUUUGUAUAAACUAUUUUAAACUUGUUUUGCGUAUUCAGUCCGGGGAAGGCGAUUAUCUUGGGACCAAUAUAUCUCACGAACUUUGGUCAGGAAAAGUAGACGUGUUUGAAACACUUGUAAUAAAAAAAACUACUGAGAUCAGAAUAGGUGAAAUACCGAAAGGGAUCUCCCCUGUGCGCUAUGUACUACAAUGCUUUGUAUUACGAUCAUGCUAGUUUUCUGGAAAUAAAGAAAAACAUCGAUGACAUUUCAUAGGUGAGUACAAUCAGUUCCUGAGAGAUCAAGGCAAACUUGUUGCGCGGGUAAACGGGAAAGUCAAGUAUCAGGAUCUCCUGUCAGCUGUUUUACUUGAGGUAAGAGAAUGAAUCGAGGCAAUGGAUGAUUUUAAUCAAACCUGGCUUUUAUCAGAGGAUUUGGUUUACUUGGAUAUCAAAUGAGUAUUUGGUGCCUCUCGGUGUUUGGAUAUCAGAUGAAACACUCAUUCUCGUGUUUGAUUUUCUCGAUGUUUUGAUAUCAAAUGAAACACUCUUAGUCGUGUUUGAUAUACCACUUUCCAUUAUCUGGAUAACAGAUAAAACUUUCCUUCUCUUAUUUGAUAUAUUACUACUCGUUGUUCGGAUAUCAGAUGAAACAUUCAUUUACGUGUUUGAUUUAUUUCUUCUCGGUGUUUGGAUAUCAAAUGAAACACUCCUUUUCGUGUUUGAUAUAAUACUUCUCGGUGUUUGGAUAUCAAAUGAAACACUCCUUUUCGUGUUUGAUUUAACCAUACUCGGGGUUUGGAUAUCCGACGAAACACUCAUUUUCGUGUUUGAUAUAAUACUCCUGGAUGUUUGGAUAUCAAAUGAAACACUCCUUAGCGCGUGUAAUACACUGAUAAUUCUCGGGGUUUUAUCAAAUGAGUAUUGGGCGCUUCUCGGUGUUUAGAGAUCAAAUAAAACACUCCUACUCGUGUUUGAUAGAUUACUUCGAGGUCUAUGGAUAUCAGGAUGUAACACCUGUUCUCGUGUUUAAUAGAUAACUUGAUAUGUACAUCAUGUUAUUUUCUUUCCUGAAGGACGCAAUCGUAGAUUUUGGGCAAAACAAAAUGGAUGAUUGUCUGGCGAAGUGUUGGGAGGUCCAAGCUCAAGCAAUGCGUCAUAAUUCAGGAAACUGGCCGUUUCUUUUGACGAAAGCGUUUUACAUAAUCUCUGCUGUGUACCGGAAGGCAAAAGAAUUCGACAAAGCUGACGAAUAUAUGGAAAGAUCCUCUGAGGUAAUUACCUUAAGAAUUAAGUUGAUUUAUGGAAAAGCGUUUGAAAAGUUUGUUUUUCUUGUAAAAGAAAUUUUUCAGUUUAAUACCCGGAUAACACCAUUAAAUAGUCGCACCCAGUAGUUCGCGAAACCUUGUAUGAGGUUUGGAACCAAAAGUGAACUGUCCGUAACGGAGAGGUGUCGGCGUGUCCGCAUUAUGAAGAUGUCCAUAUUAAGAACUGUUUGGACCCAGGACUGUGCUUUAUUUUGGCGAAUCAAGCCGAGCCCAAAAAGGCUGAAGACAUAACAAGCCGAGUCCCUACCCCUCUGCUUCUAUGUCCAGAAAUGCAGGCCAAGAAGAUGAGCGUACCUUGUUAUUGUAGUCAUAAAGUUUCCCCACGAAAAUUUUUGUCAUAUUCGAAGUGAUAUGAAAAAGGGGUUGGCAAUUAAGAUCCCACGAGUCUUCUGUAGCUCAAUGGUAGAGCAUCUGGACUAUUAAUUAACCAGGUCGUGGGUACAGCUCCUGUUGGGAGUACUCGGAUUUUUACGUUCGAGCCCGUGUUACUGACUGAAAUAACAUCUUUGUCGGGGUUGGUAUUUCUUUAAAAAUCACUGUCCUUUUGAUUUGUCUCAAGUGUUUGGAGCCUGCUUUUUUGAGUGAGGAAACCUCUGUAAACAGAUACAACGCGGCUGCCCUAAUUGUGGAAAAAUCAACUACACGCGACCUGACACCUGAAGAAGAACUGGAAGUGGAGAGACUCUUUGAAGAGGUGGCGGGAAUUUGGUCGCAGCAGAGAGAGAACGAAACACUGAGAUGCGUGAUAAGGAGCUACAACAGAAUGAUCACUUAUUUUUUGAACACAUCUCACUCGGCGUUUCCAGAUCUGAGGUUCGUUCCGUUGAACUAUCAUUAAAAAACACCUCGCUUUAAUAUAUCGUUUUAUAAAUUCCCGCCCUCAUAAUAAAUGCUCUCCCUGUCUCCAAUAGCCUGUUCUAGGCUCCAAGAUAGUGGGGAAAGAGGAUCGGAAAAAAAUCCGCGUGAGGACUGUGAGAUUUUGGCACAGGCCUAGUCUCCAACAUAUCCUUGGCUUGAGCGAAGCGUGCAACGUUCAGUCCAAAGAUUGACGAAUUCAAGGAUGCACUGACCUGAAACGAACGUUUUUUCUCUUUGUAGGAAACUUGUCACUGAGACGAAGCUUGCGAAAGCUGAUGAAGCCAUUCAAAAGUUCGAAAAAAACUUACUUCCUCAUUCUCCCAAGAGGUUGGAAGCCAAAUUCCUCAUCGGUAAAGCCGACUACUACAUUCGUCGAGCUACUAGGAAGAGAAUAGAUAUAACGCAACAUCAGCGAGCUACUGAUUUUCAGACAGGUACAUUAAACAUUUAUUUCGCUGUUAUGGACUGUAAAGGCAAAACCGUGUACUCCUUAGAAUAAGUGCUUGAGUAGCCCUGCUUUAAUGAAGUGGAUUAAGACUGCAUGUACAGUUCAAAGGAUAAAACCACUACCUUGUCAGUUAAAUAUAAUAAGAAGCCCUUGACUGGAUCUACAGAUCCAAUGAAAUUAACGCUUAAUAGAUUUUCACAGUGCGUAGGUUUCAAAAGUUGAUUGAGAAGUACUCGAUCUACAGAUAGUGAGAUUUUCCACGGAAUCAAUCUCCUCUUGAUCACUUCAUAUUUUAUUUUUUCAUCUAUAGCCACCACUGUCCUUGAAGAAGCAAUGCGAAUAUCUCAGCAACUCAGAAUGCAGAAGGAGAUAGAUGGGAUACGAGACCGAAAUGAAACCAUUCAAAAUCUCACUCGGAAUGGUUUAGAUUGGCUCAAUGAGCGACCACCACAGAACCCGCCACCUCCCCGUGACCCUCGGGAAGUGAACACCAAUGAUCUGGAUGAUUUACUACAGAACAUGUUCAUUCAAGAAAACGAAUAAGACGGGUUAUCGUUUGAGUAGAAUAGUGACAAAAGCCGGUAAAUGAUGUAAGGGGAAUUUCUCGUGCGCUUAAUGUUCGAGAGCUACGCUCGAUGAGCGUAUAGACCAUGGAAAUGAGAGGCUAGUGGCACAAUUUUUUUCCCUCUUUCUUACGCGCGAGAUUUCCGAGAAGCUUCAUCGGAAAUUGAUGUUGAAAACUCUGCAGUGAAACCACACUCGCCUGCGACUCGUGGUUUCCCUUCGAGUUUUGACGUCAUUUCUUUGAUCGAUAAGAGUAUAGACCAUGGAACAUUAUCGACGAUUUAUUAAUUCGAAUUAGAAGGUCUUUAAUUAAGUGAAAGAUUAUGGAUUUUAUUGAGUGUAUGUAAUAUUCAUUCCGAACAAUGGAAUUCUGGGAAGAUGACAAUAUAUUUGUUUAUAGUCUGGACUGUUUAUGUUAAAUAUUUUCCUUCCCAGAAAACCGUUGAUUUGUACACCGUUUUUCUCGUGGCAACUGUGGCUUUUUUAGCCAUAGGUUACUAAACAGAUUUAUUUUGUUAAAUAUUGUCGAUGGUAUAAUUAGACGGGCAUACAAUAUUAAGAA